AGUCGGUCUCUGGUUGGCCUCAAGAAUAGUUGGUUAAAGCUAUACGGAAAUCUCUAGCUUAUUUCAUGAUCAAUUUUCUUAUACUUGAUCUAUACAUUAUAGUGACCUAACAAAAUUAAAAAAAAAAAAAAAAACGCAUUAAUUAUACAUACAUACCAGGAAAUCAUAUUUUUCAAAUCAAGUGAAUAGAAAAUUAGUUUUUUGUUUUUAUCUUGUUUUCCUAUUUUUUUUUAGCUUUUUAAUAAAAUUUUGUUUUUUGUUUUUUUUUUUAUGAAAAAUUGUUGAUUAUUUAUGGUAUUUUUUAUUUUUAAAUAUUUUUGAUAAGUUCAAGUGUUUGAUGGGUGUCAGUGAAAUUAUUUAAAAAAGACGGAAAAGUGCUAAUAGGUCAAUAUCAAUUAGCUUGAAUUAUUAUCAGACGAAAUGUUGCUAAUGUUAAAGCUCAUAUCACAAAAGUGACAUUGAUUAAAAAUAAAAGUUAAUAAUAAAAAGACAUCAAUGAUUUUUGUGAAGUGAAAAUAUUUAAAUAUCAUUUUUCAUUUGCAAAACAAAAUAUUUAGUUUAUUGAUUUACUUUGUUUUUAUCAUAUUGAUAUUUUAAUGAUUUUACACUUUGGAUUUAUGCAAUUAAAUAAUACAUCAUUGAUUAAUAAAAUUAAUAAUUUUGUGUUUUGUGAGUAAGGACGCGCGCCUUAGUGCGCGCGCCCUUUUAAUUUUUUUAAUAUUAAAAAGAUUAAUAGUUACAAAUUAUCAUGGUGUUUAAAUUAAAAAUGUCGACAUCAAUAUUGACUUGUACUACUUUUUUACUUAGACAUUCAAUGCACUGUCAUACAUGAAAGCAAUAAAUUAAACACUGAACAAUUUGAAGAAUAAAAAAGUCAACAAAAGCUUUAAUAAAAAAAAAAAAUUUUUAAUAAUUAAAUAAUUUAAAUUUAUUAAAAAAAAAAAAACAAAAAGUGCAAGUAGAAAAAAUCAUCACUUGUCAGACACAUAAAACGACAAUAGAUAUUUCAAAAAUAAAAAUAAAAUUUUAUCUUGUAAAGGAUAUACAUUAAUAACAAAGGGGUAAAAAGCAGAAAGCAAAAAAAAAAAAAAAAGUGAUAACCGCUGUUAGCGGUAGUUUUAAAAAAGGUUGACGGUUAAGGAAGUCAGGGUGGUUCGUGGGGGUUCAGGUGGUGCGGACGCCCUGGCGACUGCCGGGGUGGUGUAUCCGCCCGCGACGGCAAGCUUGUUCCCUGGUCGUGUACCAGCGGGACAUCAUCACCCCGAGCUUACCGGCACAUUGGAGCUGGGGUUCCCGCCACGUGGCACCACCGCCUCCAUGGCGUUGGUGGCCCCACCAUCAUCACCAUGGACAUCGCGGGACCCUGGUACAACACUUGUUGGAAAUGGUACAAAUAUUAAUAAUCAAAAUGGUAAUAAUAAUAAUAAUAAUCAAGUACAAAAUAAUGGAUUACAAGUAUGUCCACCACCAAUGACACAAUCACAUUUAACACCAUCAGCAACACCAGAAGAUAUAACAUGUCUUGUACCAGUUGGUGGUGUAUUGACACCACGGGAUCCAUUACCACCUAGUACAACACCAGGAAGUCAAGCAAAUAGUUCACAAUCAGGAAGUUCACAAAAUGACAAAUCUCAAAAUGUUGAGUGUGUUGUUUGUGGUGAUAAAAGCAGUGGUAAACAUUAUGGCCAAUUUACGUGUGAAGGAUGUAAAAGUUUUUUCAAACGAAGUGUCCGAAGAAAUCUUACGUAUUCCUGUCGAGGGAAUCGAAAUUGUCCAAUUGAUCAACAUCAUCGAAACCAGUGUCAAUUUUGCAGGCUCAAAAAGUGUCUGAAAAUGGGCAUGCGCCGGGAAGCUGUUCAACGAGGUAGAGUACCACCAUCACAACCAUCAUUACCAGGUUUACCAGGUCAAUUUGCAUUGACAAAUGGUGAUGCUGUUGCUUGUGCAAGUUUAAAUGGUCAUUCAUAUUUAUCAUCAUACAUAAGUUUGUUAUUACGAGCCGAGCCAUAUCCAACGUCAAGAUAUGGACAGUGUAUGCAACCAAAUAAUAUAAUGGGUAUUGAUAAUAUAUGUGAAUUAGCAGCAAGAUUAUUAUUCUCAGCUGUUGAAUGGGCAAGAAAUAUACCAUUUUUUCCUGAUUUACAAGUUACUGAUCAAGUUGCAUUACUUAGAUUAGUAUGGAGUGAAUUAUUUGUAUUAAAUGCAAGUCAAUGUUCAAUGCCACUUCAUGUUGCACCAUUACUUGCUGCAGCUGGUCUUCAUGCAUCACCAAUGGCUGCUGAUAGAGUUGUUGCAUUUAUGGAUCAUAUUAGAAUUUUUCAAGAACAAGUUGAAAAAUUAAAAGCAUUACAUGUUGAUUCAGCUGAAUAUAGUUGUCUCAAGGCCAUUGUACUUUUUACCACUGAUGCUUGUGGUUUAUCAGAUGUGGCACAUAUCGAGUCCCUCCAAGAAAAAUCCCAAUGUGCACUUGAAGAAUAUUGUCGUACUCAGUAUCCAAAUCAGCCAACAAGAUUUGGUAAAUUAUUAUUGCGAUUACCAUCAUUACGUACAGUCUCAUCUCAAGUUAUUGAACAAUUAUUUUUUGUAAGAUUAGUUGGUAAAACUCCAAUUGAAACAUUAAUAAGGGAUAUGUUGUUAAGUGGUAGUAGCUUUAAUUGGCCCUAUAUGUCUACAAUGUGACACUCUGUAUGGCGGCAGCUAGCCUCCGCAUAAUAAUAUACUAAAUUUUAAAAUAAAUAAAUAAAUACAUUCUUUACAUGACGAAAAUUCAUGUAUGGCAGUUUGUACUUUCAAACAAUGGAAAAAAAAAACAAACAAAAAAUCACAAAAAAACAAAAAUAAACAACUCCACUAUAUUGCAAAUAAAAUUUUUUGCAAUUGGAUAAAAAUAUUUGUAAAAUUUUUUUUUUCAAUCUUAUACUGAGGGUAUAUAUUCUCUUGAAUUCAAUCUUCAAAAUGUUCACACUGGAUCUUGAGGAACAAUAUGGAUGAUAAAGAAAAAUAAAUUUGAAAAAAAAAAAUGAAUAAAAAAAUUGAACGUGCAUAGACACUGAAGUGGCGUCUUAUCAAGACGAGCAGGAUCAAUGACUAAACUAGACAAAAAAAAAUAAAAAUAAAUAAAUACAUUUUUAGAUGAUUUGUGUGACUUGAAUAUAGUCUUACACAUUGUACAAUAUUGUAUAAUAAAUGUGGCAAUGUUACGACCUAAAUACUUACUAAAAUAUAUAUAUUUUUUUUUUAUUUUAAAUUUUUUUUUAAAAUUGUUUUUGUUUUAUUGAUAAUAUUAUUAUUAUUAUUUUUUUUUUAAAUAUAUUAAUGCAAAUUAAUUGUAAUGAUAAUUAUUUGUAUUUUUUUUUUUUCUUUACGAAAUGAGAUGUUGUUUAUCAAGUGAAGAAUGGAAUUCUACUUGAUUGCAAAUUAGUCGUUUGUCUGAUGUGCGAGAACAGAGUGCCGAGGGGCUAGCAAGUUA